CAUACCAUUGGAGAAUGACAACGAGAAACGAUGCAAUCAGAUAUUAAUAGCACCAAAUCAGGGACUACCAGUAUGGAAGAGACCAGUGAUAUUAAUAAUAAUGGCUGCCGCUGCAGCUGUUGUAGCUUUCGGCUAACCUUGUGGUGUUUGGGAUUGUUGGGCCUCAUGGGAAUCCAAGUGACCAUUGACAAGACAGUGCAAGAGUACCUGGGGCAGUCAGUCACGUCCUUGAUGAUGAUUCUACUGGUGACGGGGAUUUAUGUUGGUGGCAGUUGUCGUUGUACCAUAUGCACCCAUCGAAAACAAAGCAGUCGUUCCAGUGACAAGAGAACAGAGGCUUUCGAGGAACAAGACAACACAAGAUCUCUGGAUCAGGAAGAGGGACAAAAACGAUCCAACCUUGAGAUUGAAAAUCUGGCUGCAGAAUCAACAGCAGAAUCCUCAAAGAUUGCCGUGACAGCGACCAGUGUCACAGAAGUCCAUGCCAAGGACGACGGAGAUGACAAUGACAAUGACAUAUUGAUAGAAGAAGAGGACACUCCUGUUCCAGUCACUUCUUCGCGCCUCGUCUUUUUGGACAAUCUCAAGAGUUUCUUGACGUUUCUCGUGGUGACACUGCAUGUCAAUUGUGCCUUUGGUGGAUGUCAAGAUUUCUGGUUCCUCGUCGUGGGAGAAUCCUCCCAACCACCCAUAUUCGCGGAACUGGUGCGACAAUCUUCCAUGCUGCUACAGGGAUUCUUCAUGCCACUCUUCUUUUUUGUCAGUGCCUACUUUGUACCCAAUAGCUUUCGCAACAAAAGAACCACGCGGGACUUUAUACGAGGCAAACGCCAGAGACUCUACGACCCUGCCAUUGUGUUGUUUCUUACUGUCUUGCCCUUGACGGCGGCCCUGGGACAUUGGGUGGCCACACCCGAACAAGGUUUCACCUACAUUUUGACGCUGGGACAUCUUUGGUUCAACAUAUGGUUAUUGACACUGCAUUGGGUGUAUAGCACCUUGGCGGAACAACCACAGCAAGAGAAACAAUUACCAUUUCCAUCCACCUACAUACGAAUGACGGCCGCAUUGCUCUUUUGCGGAGUGCUGCUACUCCCGUUCCCAGCACUCAUGGGACCCGUCACGUUUGGUGGCAUGCCUCUGUUGCACGGAAGUGUAACCUGUGACUUGUUCCUGUAUGCCAUGGGAAUCAUGGCACGGAAUCACGAAUGGCUCCAAGGAGCGCCGUUGGCUGACAAAAUGGACAUUUCGCCGUGGCUCUUGCGGGGGUUGGUGCUGCUGGAAGCCAGCACGAUGGUGAUCCUUUUCUACGUGUACAAUGUGCCCAGUGGGCAACCCAUCUGGGCCCUCGUGGUCUUUUUUCUCGUCAGUGGCGUGUACACGGUCGACAUGGGGUUGGCACUGGUGCAGCUGUUUCAAUCCGUUUCAUGGCAGCGUCACAAUCGGUACAGUCGCUUCUUUCACAAGGCGGCGUAUACAGUGUACUUGAUCCACCCCACGGUGAUUGUGGCGGUCAGUGCCGCCUACGUGCAUGUCUUUAAUGUCAUAGUCAUGGAGGAGGACAGGAUGAUUGUCUUUGACCCAACACAAAAACCAAAGCAGCUCCUAGAAGCAGUGGCUCCCCCAGGACAAGGAGCGGAGGAGUACUAUGCAAUGGGAUGGUGUAUUGUCUUUUGCUUGAGUCAGCUGAUUGUGUGGCCCUUGUCCUACGGAAUAGCCCAUCUACCAUACUUAAACAGGAUUCUUUGA